AUGCCUCGUCUCUCCGCAGUGCUAGCCAUUGCGGUAUUCGCUUGGGGCGCCUCCGCCGAGUACGUCCUCGUCGACGACUAUGCCCCGCGCACCUUCUUCAACAAGUUCGACUUCUUCACCGAAGGUGAUCCUACCGGCGGCACCGUGAGAUACCAAAGCCGCGAGAACGCAGAGCGUCUAGGCCUCAUCACGACGACCGAAGAGUCGUCCAUCAUUGACGUCGACUAUGAGAACGUUUCUCCCAACGGGCGCGCGGCCGUCCGUCUCGAGAGCAAGACGUCUUACCAGAAGGGCCUCCUCGUCGUGGACGUCAAACACAUGCCGGGCGGCAUCUGCGGCGUGUGGCCCGCGCUGUGGACGCUGGGCUCCGGCACCUGGCCUAACCACGGCGAGAUCGACAUCAUCGAGGGCGUCAACAUCCAGAAACAGAAUCUCAUGACGCUGCAUACGAGCUCUGGCUGUACCAUCGACGGCCAGAACAGCUACAGCGGCGGCGGUGGAGGUAUUACCAACACUCCCGGCACCAACUUCAAACCCUCCGGGGUCAGAUUCACGGGCAACCUCACUACUGCGAACUGCGAUGUCAAGGCUCCGGGCCAGUCCGCUAACAUGGGCUGCCAGUUUGAGGCGCCGCAGAAUCCCCGCAAGCUCACUCCCAGGUAUGACGAGGACGAAGAGGAGGACGAGGACAGCGACUCUAGUGACGCUGUCUACGCGCCCACGUACGGCCCGGCGUUCAACAAGAACGGCGGCGGAAUCUUCGCUAUGGAGUGGACGACCGAUGGCAUCAAGAUCUUCUUCUUCCCGCACAAGCGCAGGCAGGACCUGCACCCAAUGCUUCGGACCGCCACGGACGACUCUAGGUGGGGCGACCCGCAGGCGCACUUUAAAGGCUCCGGCUGCGACUUUGAACGCCACUUCCAGAUGCACCGCAUCGUGCUAAACACGGACUUCUGCGGCGAGUGGGCUGGCCAACCCCACAUCUGGCAGGAAGGGUGCGCGGCCAAGACGGGCUCGUCGACGUGCCAGGAGUAUGUCAUCAACAACCCGGAGGCGUUCAAGGAAGCGUACUGGGAGAUUCGCAGCAUGCGCUGGUACCAGUGGAAUGGCGGGG